GGUUAGUUUCCUGCGGAACACUGCGCCAGACACAUCAGUGCAUUUGUUAUCCCAGUAACAAUGACAUAAACGCUUUCAUAUCACACUUCAUUGAUAAAAAUAUUGUAUUGGCAUAAGAAAAACCUAAAAAGACCUAAAAGUUAGAAAAAGAAACAAAAAACAUGACAAAUUAGAAAAACAAACGAAAUAACGUCGCUAAAAAAACAAUUGAAUAUUUUUUGCGAAAUUUGAAAAGAGAAUCAGACAAAAGAAAUCCGGAAAGAACCAGAUCGCGUAGGUCUGGGCUAGGCGGUCCACAUAGGCCUGUAAUGGAGAAAAGUGACCGUUUUUCAGAGUACCUAUUUGCAAAGAUGGGCCCAGGCGACGGAGGGCCGAAGACCACCGAAGACCGGUCCGCUCUCAAAGAGCCGACUGGUCUCAAGAAAUGGCUGGCGGAAAACACGAUGCUGGUCAUCACUUUAGCUGGUGUAAUUACUGGAGUUGGCAUCGGCUUCGGUCUACGCCCCUACAAUCUCGGCCCUGACGCUCUGAUGGUCAUAUCAUAUCCUGGCGAGCUCUUCAUGAGGCUUCUUAAGCUGAUGAUACUUCCGCUAAUCAUAGCCAGUCUUAUAGCAGGCUCUGCGAGUCUUAAUGCCAAAAUGAGCGGGAAAAUUGCCAUCAGAACUCUGUUGUACUUCAUUUUAACGUCGAUGUUCAACGCUUUCCUUGGCCUUCUGCUAGCGACAGUUAUUCACCCGGGUCAGCCGGAGUUGAGGGAUGACGUCAGAGCGGUCGUUGAAACUAAAAGGGAUCAUAGCAUUUUGGACAGUCUUUUAGAUAUUGGGAGGAACAUAUUCCCUGACAACAUAGUCCAGGCUGCGUUUCAGCAGGCACACACAGUGUACACGGAGCCACCCAGCUUGUUCACGAGAAACUACACAGAUAACGACACACUACCUGGCUUGGUGCGUGUUGUGUCCUACAGAUCCGGCACGAACACUCUUGGCCUGGUAUUCUUCUGUUUAGUAUUUGGAAGUCUGUUAGGAACCCUCGGCGCCAAAGGCCAGGUGGUUAUAGACUUCUUCCAAGCCAUAUUCGAGGUAAUCAUGAAGAUGGUGACAGGAGUCAUGUGGUUCACUCCUGUGGGAGUCAGCAGCGUUAUUGCCGGGAAGAUCUUGGGCGUUAGUAAUGUCGCGCAGGUGAUGUCACAACUGGCGUGGUUCAUCGCCACAGUAGCCGUCGGCGUAUUCUUCUACCAGCUGGUGGUCAUGCAACUGAUCUACUUCGCGUUCUUGAAGAAGAACCCUUACAAAUUCUACUGGGGGCUCUCGCAGCCUAUGUUGACUGCCGCGGCCACUGCUUCUACCGCCGCGGCGCUGCCCGUCACGUUCCGCCGCCUGGAGGGCGCGCUGCGCACGGACCCGCGCAUCACGCGCUUCGUGCUGCCCAUCGGCUGCAACAUCAACAUGGACGGCACCGCCCUCUUCCUCGCUGUCGCCAGUGUCUUCAUCUGCCAGAUGAACAACAUCCAUUUAGGUUUCGCUCAACUUGCUACGAUUUUCCUGACGUCAACCGCAGCGUCAGUGUCGUCGGCGUCAGUGCCGUCCGCCGCGAUGGUGCUGCUGCUGGUCGUGCUGGCGGCCGUCGACGCUCCCACACACGAUGUGUCGCUACUCUUCACCGUUGAUUGGCUUGUCGACCGGAUACGUACCACGAACAACAUGCUGGGCGAUUGUUACGCGGCGGCCGUCGUCGAGUUCCUCUCCAAGAAUGAGCUUAUGGCCUGCGACGCCGUCUCCGAUCCGAUUCAAGCUUGCCUUGCGCCGACCCCUAACACUGAAGUGGAUAUCGGCAUUGUGACCCCAAAGAGGUCAAUUUGCGAUGAAGUUAUCAUCGACAUGCAUUUACACAAUAACGACAAUCACUGCAACAACGUUAAGCGAAUUUAGCUCUAACUGCUUUUCUUUAAGCGUCCAUCGGUCAGCCAUAGAUAUGAGUAUGUAUGGAUAUGUUGUAAGGGAAUUUGACUUUUACGCAAAAUCUAAAUAUUCCUGUCAGAGCACCGAUUACAAAACAUCAAAACUAUACUAAUUAUAACUAAUUUGUAACGCGAAAGUAAGUUUGUUUGUUAUAUCUUCACGCUUUAUCUACUCACCAAUAUUAGUUAUAUUUUAUCAUGUUCUUGAAAUUUGUAAUACAUGUUGUAAAAUAGGCGCUCAAAAUAAGAGAGGGGAAUCGCUUGUAACUAGAGUAUACCUAUUUACGGGAUGGCGGUUGGAAGCGAACAGAACGUGGCGGCAAUUGGCAAUUCCGCGUACAAUGUAUUAGUUUAAUCACUAUUAGUGACGUAUGAUGAACUAUGUGGACACAAUGCAAAUAUUUAAUCAAUUUAUAACUUAACAAGACGUCUGGUCUAGUUACUCGUACUGAGAAGGAUAUUAUUAUGUAUCCUUAAAAAAUGCUGAAGCUGAAAAAAAUGGGAACAACUAGUAAUUUAUAAUUCGUAAAAAAUUUGUGUCGAAAAUUAUCAAGAUUUUUUUCGUUGUAAUUUACUUCUACUGAGUCGCGACACGCAGCGGGAAACAGGAAAUUGAACUGUAGCGGGAGCUAGGUGAUUAUGCUCGACCGCCAGCGCAGGGAAGAUCUUCCCGCCAGGCUAGGUGUUGCGCCUGGGGAACCACACGGCUCCGACGGUGUCAUGUCGGAGGUUGUAUUUAUGCUUUCAAUCGAAAACGCACUGUCUGCGCGGUCUAGGCUUGUUAGCUUCUAGUAGCGAAUCGACCGUAGUGCCAUCUGUCCGUAGAGUCGAGGAUCACUUGUGUGGCUUAUUAUUUGUUGCGUUUCGUCGGCUUUUUACAUCUACGCCGUUGUGCAUGUGGCGUGGUAGAUGUCGCCACAGAACUAAAGAUGAGAAAAAGUCCAAAUUUGAAUCAUAUAUGUUUACCAGUCUUACAGAGUACGCGAUAAAUAAUUUACUAAGAUUAUGCUAUGAAAUUCACGCGGGCGAAGCCGCGGGCAAAAGCUAGAAGACUAAUAAAAAUAUUUUAAAAAUAAAAUCACGAUGAGGAAAGAAGCGUCACGUCCAUUAUGUAAUAUUAGAUAGGUACUAUAUCCUUCUUUCUUUUGAAUAAAUGUAACUACAAUCAUAUGUUAAUCUGGUAAGUUGUUACGUAGGUAAUAAGUAUACAGGUUUAUGUACUUGCACCAUUAACCCUAGCGGGAUUAAACAUCAAUGUUCUUAAGGGUUUUGAUAAUUCGUUACAUUUAUUUUAUACAUCAAUUUAGAAGAUAUACCUACAAGAUUGUUGGUAUUACAAAUUAAUCCUGUAUACUUUUAUAAUAAUAGUAUUUUUUUAUUUUGAUAUAUCACAAUAUAUGUGAGGCACGUCUAUAGUCAUCCUUGACACUUCGUAAGUAUGUCCAUUAAUUAGUUUUAUUCAUUAAAAAUAACAAACUACACGAAUACUCACAAAAAUACAGCAGUUUUCACUUUAAAACAUUUUUUAAGGAGGUUGCAAAACACACGUGCUGCCAGCUCGCAUCUCGACACACUACCGAAUGAAACAGAUAAAUACGAGAAUUGUACUAAAUAAAGCGGGUAGAUAAAAAAGGAAUCGGUUUGAGUUAAAUCGCAUUACUACGAUGUGCAUUGGUUAUUCUACGUUUAAAAAAAACUAUAGCCAACAUAUAGUUAAAUCUAUAUACAUAUAACAAUAUUAAAUUAAAAGAAAUAAAAUUUAAUUUAAUAUUUUUAUAUGAAUAACAGAGAAAGUAGAAAAUAAGUCGUUUUAAGUUUAAAUCACACUAUUAGUGCAUAGGUUUACACUUGAUAUAUGCAAUAUUACCUACAAUAAUGUGUACGUGUACGUGUAUGGACAAAAUGUCUUAUAAAUAUUUAAAUAUCCUCUCAUUGAACCCAUUAUAUUAAAGCGCUUAGUCCACCAAACGCCACAUUUUUAUUAAAUUCUUAUAAUUCUUAGCGAAUGAAAAAUAAGUGGCCACCGUUUUUAAUUUAGUCAACUGUGACUACAUAAACUAUGCUUUGUAAUAUUUUUUAUAUACAUACAAAUAGUGUUACAUCAUUUUGUAAAGAUCAUUUUUUUUUAUUUAAAAUAAAUUAAUAAAAUGUAGAACGCUUGUGUGCAAUGUUGACUGUGCAACUUCAAUUAUCAGAUUUUUUAAAAUUUAAAUUAUACUAUGAAAGGGUUAUUAAACAUUACCAAGAGUAUCUUUUUAUUAAUCCGUAGAUACUAAUAGAAACAAAAGUCUGUCACGCUUUCACGGCUAAACGCUGGGCCGAUUUUGAUAAAACUUCCAACAAUAUGGGUUGUUAACAUAAGUUAAAGAGCCAUAAUAGAUAAGACCAUGGAAUUAGUAGGUACUGUUCUACGAAGUACUUACUAAAUCCAUGGCUUUCCAUGGAUUUAGUACCUAAUAAUCAAAUCCCGAUAUAUUGCCGGUGAUUACCUAAUGAGUAUUUAUGAAGUUGGCACUGACAGUUUCAGUUCACUGUUGUGUAUGCCACUACUUGUCACUAGAUGUCGGUAGGUAGUCGUAAAGUCUUAUCAGAUGCCUUUAGGCGUGAAUAAAAUCUGACACUAAAACUGACAAAAACACACUUGAAAAGCCAAUUGGAUAUAAUCAUCAUCAUAUCGAGUGUGUUAUUCCUAACACUGGUGUCAGAUUUUAUUCAAGUCGCCUAAAGACAUCUAACAUGACUUUUACGACUACUUACCGCCAUCUAGUGGCAGGUAAUCGCAUACAGACUAGUGAACUAAACUGUCCACCAGUGUGCAGGUUCGCGAUGUUUUCCUUUGAUGUUUAUUGGAUAUAAUAUCUAUAUAGCCAUGCUUUUUUUUUAAUGGAUGUCCACUAAAAGUGACUGAAACGAGUAUUAAUUAGUAUGUAUGCAAGUCAAUAAAUUGACUUCCUAUUUUAAGUAACAAGUGGCUUUAUGUAGUAUUAAAGUAGGUAAUGAAAUAAUACAUUAAUUCUCAUAAUAAUCCAUACUUAUAACAUACGUAAUCAACAUAAUCGUCUGCGAUUAAUAAAAUUAAGGGCAAGUUCACUGCAUACUGAUAAAGUAUCCGAUACAUUAGGCUAUAAAUAUGUUUUGUCUCGCUCUGUCAAUGUCAAAUUUGGCAAAGUGCGAGUGACAAAACAUGAUUUUUCAAUUUUUUAUGAAUCUAGGGGUUAGAUUACAAAAAUUAUCAUAAAUUCUGUAGUAACAUAUGGAAUACUAUGCGUAAAAAAUUUUCACAAACUUAGUUCACAAGUGUUUUGAAUAGGGCUAACUGGCAAAAACUCCAGGCAGAUUUAUCUAGCUGUUAGUUUAUCUGUCAGUUUACUAAUAUUUUAUCAGAAAGUAGUGAAAUGGGCCCAACAAAAACUAUAUUUAUAUGGUUUAAAAUGAAAUUAUGUCACAAAAUGUACAUUCAGAAUAUACCAUUACAAGUUACAUUCAAAUCACUUUAGCUUGUGUCUCAAUACUACUAAUAUUAAAAUGCGAAAAUUUGUGAUGAUGUAUGUGUGUGUGUUUGUUACUCUUUCACGCAAAAUCUACUGGACCGAUUGUUAUGAAACUCGGUACACGGAUAGAAUAUAACCUGAAAUAACACAUAUGGUACUUUUUCUCCCGAAUUUCCCACGGGAGCGAAGCCCCAGGGCGCAGCUAGUAAUAAUAUAUGAAUGCACUUGUAACUUUUUUAGCUAUUACUGGGCACUUACUAUAAUCUCUUAAUGCGAUCCAGUUAUCUGCAUCGUAUAUUCGUAACAUCAAGUUAAUUUUUAAUAUCAAUGCGAAUAAUUUCAGGUUCCCAAUUGAAUCAUUCUGUAAAAGUUGAUAGUGAGGAAAUCCGCAAAGUGGUUGACAGUUCAAGUUCACUAAUGUGUAUGUAUGCGACUACUUAGUCGUAAAAGUCAUGUCAGAUGCCUUUAGGCGACUUUUUGCAACAACACACUUGGAAAGAAAUGAAGAAAUUUAUAGUCCAGCUGUAAACUAAAUUUAAGCUGUGUAAUGAAAAAUAAAUCUGUGAAGUCAAAUAUUUGGCGAAAGAUAGAUUAGAAUUAAUACUUUUACCACAUUUUUAUAACCAUGUUAAAUAAAAGUUACUAUAGUUAUGUACGCACUGUGUUCGUCACAUUUCAUACAUACGUGAUUGUUUACACGAUAGUUAGAUAUAAGCAUUCAAAAAUGGUUGCUAUAUAGGGACGACACAAUAAUAUGAAAUGCGCGAUGGAUUUUAAAAGAAUUUUCUGGAAAAUUCUUUUAAAGACUACCUUCAAUUAUUAUCAGUAUAAAGAAUAAUGUAUGUACGUUUUUUAAUGAUUUAGUAGUAAAGUGAGCAAAAUGAAUGUUGAUUCCAGGCGUAUCUAUGGAUUGCAUACGCAGCUUGCAAUCCAAUAACACUAGUCUCGAAUUUUCUUUGAGGACAAUUCAAUCAGUGUAUUAUAUCCAUAUAUUUAUUUAUCAAUAGAACAACACAAAUUAAAAAAAACCCCGAGAACGGCUGAACUGAUUUUCAUGAAACAUGGCUAAGAACACUUGGGAUAAAAAUAUUUAUGACACAAAAAAACUAAACGAAAAUAGGUUCAUCCGUUUGGGAGUUACGAUGCCACAGAUACACAGACACGUUAAACUUAUAACACCGCUCUUUUUGUGUCGGGGGUUAAAAAUGGCCUAUAAUAUAGGUAUUACGUAAGCAAUCCACAUAUAUAUUGGAAUCAUGUGUAAGAAUUUAGUAACAACAUUACUGUGAUGGGUUCGAAUUGUUCAAUUGUUGAUAUUUAACAUGAAGCUUGAAGGGAACCGAUCCCAUCUUUUGUUAAUUUAUAAAAUUGUUAAUGAAAACGUCAAUGAUGUAAUGACAAUUAAGAUAAUUUAUAAAUUAUAUUUGUCUGAUAGCGUUUCAUUAUCAAUAUUGAUUUUUAUUUUUUACAUGUGUCACUCCAGAUUUGUGUAAAAUAUUAACAACGAUCGACUCAGGAAUGUGAUAAGAUGGAAUAGUGUGUCCUUUUUCCACAUCACGUGGAAUUUAAUCAGUAGAUUUAGAUACAUCUGUGAUACUUUGUAAUUUUCACGUUCACACAAUGUGGACACUGCGAUGAAAUAAAAACUAGUGAUAAUAAUUUUCAA